CUUGGAUGCCUGAAUACUGAGCUUACGAACCUGCUCAAUUUACUUACAAAAUCAUGUCCGCGCCAGACCUAGUGGGGAAACCCGCUCCUAUCAUCGAACUGCGGCGUGCGACAGACGGAGAACUCUACAAGGUUCCUAUCGGUUCAAAGAGGAUCGCCUUGUUCUUCUUUCCCUCUCUGAGCGGUCCCACCUGUGCUGGAGAAGUGUGUUCUUUUCAGGACGCUGUGACCGAUAUCCCCAGCUUUAGGGAUGCUCUCGACUUGGAAGUCGUCGGGAUCAGCUCCGUAUCACUAUCAUCAUUGUACUUAUACGACAUCCGCUUUCUCGACACUGUAGAUCCCCAAGAACGUCUAUCAGCUUUCGCAAAGAAACACGGCAUCACAUAUCCUCUCCUAUCCGACACCUGACAAGAAGGUUCAACUAGCUUAUGGCGUGAAACCCAUCAUGUUCGGUCUAGUCAGAGGCCGGGAGACGUUCUUCAUCGAUG